UCACCCGCCUCACUUCUCACUUUCACUGUUGGAGUGUUGGUGUGCUUUUGGUUUAGUGAGUCAGGUAGUGUUCGAUAAGUGCUUGUUCUCAUCCGAGCUAAGGCCUUUGGCGACUUGCACAUUUUCCUGUCGAACACUAUCACAGUAAAUACAAAAUAUGAGUACCAAAGCCGAAUUAGCAUGCGUUUACUCUGCAUUGAUUUUAAUCGAUGAUGAUGUAGCAGUCACAGGAGAGAAGAUACAAACCAUACUGAAAGCAGCUGGGGUUGAGGUUGAGCCUUACUGGCCGGGUCUGUUUGCCAAAGCACUGGAAGGAAUCAAUCCCAAAGAGCUGAUAACCAAUGUGGGUGCAGGAGUAGGAGCAGGAGUACCAGCAAGUGCUGGAGGAGCUGCACCAGCUCCAACUGACACUGCUGCUGCUCCUGCUGCUGAGAAGAAAGAGGAGAAAAAGAAAGAGGAGAGUGAAAAUGAAUCCGAUGAUGACAUGGGCUUUGGACUCUUUGACUAACAAGACUACAGUUCAACUCAAGAGUUACCAAUUCCACCAAGCUUUUGUAACUUAUUUUAUUUAAAUAAAACUUAGUACAGUCACA